AGAGAUACAAGUUCGGUUGUACGAUACAAGUUAGGUUGCGCUUUGAAUGAGGGGCCAUCAUCCCGGUGGUUCUGCGCUGCUAUUUAUCUCCUUUUUACUUUUAAAAUGAACAACUUGGAUUUAUUGACGGGUACCUGAGUCACCACCACGCCUUCUUUUGCCCAUUUGGCCAGAUCCUUUGGAUGUUCCUCUUUCUGCUCCCCUUCAUUUGCACACUCCAGCGUCUUAUACUUUCUUUAAUGCUAAUGCCUUAAACCUGACCUAACUUCAUUUAAAAAUAUACACAUUCUGUAUUUGUACAUUUAUCUCCUGGAGGAUUUCAAACAUACAGCCCAGCAACUUCAAAUCCCACUCCCCCUCCCUUGUUCCCUUGGCAUCAGAUUAAGACGGGUAACUGAAAACACACGUACAGCAAGCAUGUCCUCCAUACUACCCUUCACUCCCCCGGUUGUGAAGAGGCUUCUUGGGUGGAAGAAGACUCCGGCAGGAGGUGGAGGAGCCGGAAGUGGGAUUGGAGGAGUCGGGGAGCAGAACGGAGGCGGGCAGGAGGAGAAGUGGUGCGAAAAAGCCGUCAAGAGCUUGGUGAAGAAGCUGAAGAAGACGGGGCAACUGGAUGAGCUGGAGAAAGCCAUCAGUACGCAGAACAGCAACACGAAGUGUGUCACCAUACCAAGCAAUUGCUCAGAUCUAUGGGGUCUUGGCUCAGGCCACAUGAUAGAACAGUGGGACUCUGCAGGCAUGUACGGAUACCAUGACCACAACAGGUCACUGGAUGGCCGUCUUCAGGUGUCCCAUCGUAAGGGCCUGCCACAUGUCAUCUACUGUCGCUUGUGGCGAUGGCCAGAUCUCCACAGCCACCAUGAGCUGCGAGCCAUUGACAACUGCCAGUUUGCCUUCAACCUCAAGAAGGAUGAAGUGUGCGUCAACCCAUACCAUUACCAGAGGGUGGAGACGCCGGUGCUGCCCCCCGUGUUGGUGCCACGCCACACAGAGAUUUUGACUGAGCUUCCACCUUUAGAUGACUUCACCAAUUCAAUCCCUGAAAACACCAAUUUCCCUGCCGGCAUAGAUCCUCCAAACAACUACAUACCAGAGACUCCCCCGCCUGGCUACAUCAGUGAGGAUGGCGAGGCUAGUGACCAGCAGAUGAAUCAAAGUAUGGAAUCAGGUUCACCAGCAGAACUGUCACCCAACACCUUGUCACCGGUCAGUCACAGCCUGGACCUUCAGCCUGUUACCUACAGUGAACCAGCUUUUUGGUGCUCUAUAGCCUACUAUGAGCUCAACCAGCGGGUUGGAGAAACCUUCCACGCGUCGCAGCCUUCUCUUACUGUGGAUGGCUUCACUGACCCCUCCAACUCUGAACGUUUCUGCCUCGGACUACUCAGCAACGUCAACAGGAACGCAACUGUUGAAAUGACAAGGAGGCAUAUAGGCCGUGGCGUGAGGUUGUAUUAUAUUGGAGGUGAGGUUUUCGCCGAGUGCCUCAGCGACAGUGCCAUUUUUGUCCAGAGUCCCAACUGCAACCAACGAUACGGCUGGCACCCCGCCACAGUCUGCAAGAUACCUCCAGGCUGUAAUCUGAAGAUUUUUAAUAACCAAGAGUUUGCUGCGCUGCUGGCCCAGUCUGUCAAUCAGGGUUUUGAGGCAGUCUACCAGCUGACCAGGAUGUGCACCAUCAGGAUGAGCUUUGUUAAAGGCUGGGGUGCUGAAUACAGACGCCAGACGGUCACCAGCACACCUUGUUGGAUCGAGUUGCACCUCAACGGCCCCCUCCAGUGGCUGGACAAGGUACUGACCCAGAUGGGUUCCCCCUCCGUGCGCUGCUCCAGUAUGUCAUAAGCGGCCCGGAGCUUCUGCAGAAGAAACUUGACCUUGCACAACAUUUGACCAGCGUCUUGAAGGACGACACCAUGCAGAGGUGAUGGAGCAACAUCAUCUCAAGAAGAAGAAGAAGAAGAAAGUCAAGCUCAAAGAUGAGAGAGCAGUGCCGUAGUGGAAUGUAGACGUCACAGCAAGCCUAAUCACCUUUUUGCUUCUGCUGGAUCCACCUCAGGCGGACAUUCCGAUCAUCACGGACUUAAUGAAACAGUCGGAAGCGGCGUCACGGUAGCCCAGAAUCCUUUCAGGUAUUGGACUGAGGUGCUGAACCAGACCUUCAACAACUCUUCUGGGAACCAAGUCUCGCUCACCAGUACACCUCACCGCCUGGAGAUGCCACACCACAAGCCGGAUCCAGUGUCAAGAGUUUUUCGUUUACACAAGGUUGACUUGUAGUCCAACUGCCACUCUCUGGGUUCACGUUCAACCAAAGUGUUUCUUGGUUCCAGUGACCAAAGUAUUGUUUUCUUUUCCCUUCUCUCUGAGUCCGUUGUUGUCUGGACGGCAGACGUUGAUGUCUUUUAAUGAACAGUAACACCCCGUCUUCACAUCUCACUUUUCACUGCUGCGUUUGGGUCAAAAGUGGUGGGCUGAAUUAGAAUUCCACGUCCACGUUCUAUCUCUUGCUUCCUUCUACGUCAUCUUCCUAUACCAAGGGGCAACUGUAACGUCGCCCCGUGCCGUCAGUUUGUUCCCCUCGUUCUGGAUGACUCUGGAACUGAUGCAUGGUCCCCAGCCCUAUCGUUAAAAGUCCUACAAUGUGGGAUUUUUUUUGGAAAAAUGGCCUCUAUAUUGUAAUUGCACUGCCCCCAAAUGAUGCACCCUUAUUAACGCUUUCAAGAAAGUUGCCUUUUGAUGUCAAAUACAGCAAGACAUGCUUUUAAAUUGUACAGAUAGGAAUGUGGGGGGAAAACCCAAGAGAAGCAAAGAAUUUGCAUAUUUUUUAGAUAAUCACCAUAAAGAUUCUCCUUCUAUUGUAUAAAUUGGCUGAUGUGGUAUUUUAGUGAGUUCCUGUCCUCAUAUGAAAGCAGUUUUAGAGUCCACAUGUUUCCAAUCAAAUAUAUUUAAGCUUUAAGUUUUAAACCAAGCACAGUUAUUUGAGGUUUGGAGCUUUGUUUUUCCUUGUAUUAAUGGUUUAAAACAAAAAAAUAUAUAUAUAUACUGCAGCUUGGGUAGGCUUUGGCUCCCCUCUACUGCAACCCCAAGAGGGACAAGUGGUAUAAAAUGGAUGGAUAUAUAUAUAUAUAAAUGUGAAAUAAUCAAGCCUUGGGAACAAAUGCAAGAAAUUGUCAUUUGGCCAAGUUGUGUUCACACAAUCAGUGAAAUAAUCCUUGUCCAAAAUAUAUUUUUUCUUUUACCUCCUUUCUUAAAAAUGAGAUUUGAAAUUGCUCUAUUAUAAUUGAAUACUUCCAGAAUCUAUAAGCUAUUUUAUCCCCUUUUAAAAAGGACCUUUCACCAAUUGCAAAAUGGAUUAUGAUGUCCCAAAGACGAAAUGCAUUGUUUGUACAAGUUUAUUAACAUAAUGGCCACCUCUCAACUCUUAUUUCAAUGACAACGAACACAAUUUGUACGUUUUAUGUCCUCAUGUUUUUUUGUUAUUUUUUUUUUAAAAAGCUUCAGCAAUGCGGAAUGACAGUUUUUAUUUUUUUAUUUUUUUUUAUCACUUGAUGCAUUGAUUGAAUUCUGUCUACUUUUCUUCAGUGACAUUCCAGUUUGCGUCGUAAAAAAAACAACUCCACAGCUUGUGUGUUUGCGUUCAUUUCCACGGAGUGUGUUUACAUUUUCAUGUUCAAUGUUCCCGUCAGGCCAAUGUUGCUCAUGUGCACGCGAGCACAAUGUCGGUGUAAAUACGUCACAUUCCACAUGCAUCGUUUACUCCAAACUAUUGGAAGCGACAUGUUGUCCAACAGGGUGAUGAAUAUUGACGAGUUGAAUGACUUUGAUCACAAACCUGAUCCUGCAGGGUGGCCUUUUUCUAGUCUUUUCUUUGAGUCCUCCUCCGGAUCGAAUGGGAUCGUACUUGUACAUAAACUUAACUAGCGGUUGUGUUUCUUUCCUUUCCUUUGUACUAUUUGGCAAUGACUUUGUUGGAUGGCCAGGUCAGUAAGAAGGUGUUGUAUCAGUGCCACCGAGUGUUUGUUCUAUGCAUUGACUUCAGAUUGUAUUCACUAGUAGUUCCCGUUGACGUUCCAUCACUUGUGUGCAGAUUGCCAGCUUCCCACCAGCCUUUCCUCCUUUCAACCAGUGCCACCUUGUUCUUUAUAGUCGGCUUCUUCCCUUCCCCGAGGGAAUGUGAGCCCAAGUGUGUGUUUGCCACAUCUACACACACCUGGUUUCUUCUGUGAAGGACAAGUGUGGAUUCCCAAACAGCCUAAAAAAAACCGAAACAAACUACUACUUCAGGGGAAAGUUGCUUCACGUCUCGAGUAGUUUUGUAUAGUUCUUCUCUCAUCUUUAUUUGUAUGUUUUUCUGGCUUCCCGCCAACAUAGGCCCUUAGACAACAAGCUGUAAGGAUUCUUCAAUCACUGAUCUUCAUAUGUGAGCAACUUGGGACUGUGUACACUAAUAAAGCUGUUAUGAUUCCAGUCAGAA